CUUAUCUCAACCUCAAAGCAUAGACAUAGAGAAGAGAUGGCUGAGGUUGCCAGCGUUCACAUUCUAUCGUCCACUUUCAUCGUAUUCUCCCUCUUGUUCUCCUCCUGUUUCCUAGCUUCCGAGGCCGUUUCCAAGGCCGGGGACGAGGAGACCCAUGACGUCUUCGGCAGGACCCUUGACCCAAACCAGAUGGGCCUAAAGAAGGAGAAGCUCAGCCACUUCAGGUUCUUCUGGCACGACAUUGUCAGUGGGAAGAAUCCAUCGUCCAUCGAGGUGAUCCGCUCGCCUAUCAAAAAUAGCUCGUUGUUGCUGGGCUUUGGGCUGGUCCACAUGUUCGACAACCGCCUGACCAUAAGUGGUGAUAUCAACUCGAAGUUGGUGGGCCGGGCUCAGGGGUUCUAUGCCCAGGCGGACAUGGACGAGCUCGCCCUCCUCGUGGCACAGAACUUUCUCUUCCUGGAGGGCAAGUACAACGGCAGCACCAUCACUGUGCUUGGUCGCAACCAGAUACUCAAUACCGUGAGGGAACUGCCCAUUGUCGGCGGCAGCGGCGCCUUUCGCUUUGCUCGUGGAUACAUACAGGCCCGGACCUACAGCUUUGAUCUCAACACCCUCGACGCCACCGUGGAAUACAACGUUUAUGUGUUGCAUUAUUAAUAAUGUCGUGUCAUUGGGACUCAUCUCUUUUCAAAAUUAAUAAUUUCCUCAUCUAUUUUCCCAUUUUUUUCUUUGGAUAUUGUAAAUGAAUAAUAAUAAACUAGUUGCUCCUGCAUCUUGCACGGGCCUUUAGUUAAACUAUGUAUUGAGGAAAUCUUGAUAAUAUUUGAAUGUGUAUUGAAUAAUUAUAGGUAAUUUUAUUUGACA